AUGGUGACACGCUUAUGGUUUGGCAUUUUAGCCACUUUUUCUUUACUAUCAGCAGUGAAGUCGGAAAAUCCAUCGAGCAGAGAGUUUUUCAAGUGCAGGAAUGACUUUAUUCCAAAAUCAGAGGCAGAUGAUGCCGUUCGACUUGGUUGUGAGAGAAUGGGUUAUGUCCAUUAUUUAAGUUACUCAGCAGCAUCAUUUCCAGACUCUGAUAUGUUUGGUAUCAAAGAUGCUGUGUACUUUACGUGGCCAGUUUAUAAGAAAGAGAAUAGAGACGUUCAAGUCAAAACUAGCCCUAACCGUGUGGUCAUGGAUUCUACUUGCCAAUUAGCUGGUGUAAUUCGAGUCACAUCUGACGUGCAUGAGAGAUGUCUGCAUCUCAUAGAUAAUGAGGGUUCCCCGGAGACUUCUAUGAAAGAAAUUUAUCAUGUAGCGUGGACAGCACUUCCACAUUUCGGAUUCAGGUUUUAUAAUGAAAUAUAUGUCAUGAGUCAAAUCAAGGAAUUCUUGAAAUCGAAUAAAAAAACUUGUCGAACUUAUCAUCAAAAGUGGCUUUUGUAUGCCACUUUGAUUUUUGAGAAAGGAAUAGUUCGGAGUGCAAAAGUUAUGUCUUAUCGUUAUCUGUUAGUUGGGUCUGAUUUUGAAGUACAUGGUAUUAUUCGAAAGUCGGGGAAAGAUUGGAAAAUCCUUGCUGAAUUACGAAGUCUUGAUGCAGCGUAUAAUGCUGCAUUUCUCUCAUUUAGAAGAGAAGCAAGACAUCACGAAGAACUUAGUAGUAUAAAUAAUCAAGGAUUAUAUUUUUCAGCCUCAACAUUGAGGAGUCAUCUAAACAUGGCCUGCAUGGCAUUAGAGUCAAAACUAAAGGGCACCACUUCGCGGGCAGUAUAUCCAAUGCUGUAUGACUCGAAUGAUACGAACCGCCUGGAUACUUGGGCAUGGCCCUUGAGACUGCCCGAGAUUUCCCGAAAUGUAGGGAACUAUGUAAUUCUUUUCGACAAUCACUGCAAUUUUAUCUCUAUUAUAAGACAGACUGCAGGCCCUCACCUUCCUUGCACAAGAAUUAUCCAAAGGCCCGGUUUAGCAAAAUAUACUCAUCUAUCUACGAGCCAGUUUGAAGAUAAGCAGACACUCAAUCUGAUAGCGAAUUUUGGCAACUACGGUAAUUCAAAGGAACAAAUGCUCCCACCUCCGAAGAGGCAAAGAAAAAUCGAUCCAGAAACGAAGGUAUAA